CACCACUAAGGUCACUGUGACCUGCUUUGAUUGAAUACAAACUUCAUAGUUCAGUUUAGUACCGUGCCGGCAGCCGUUGUGUACACACGAGUGUUAAAAUUGUAUUCAUUUUGUUGGCGAACAAGUUUCUAAUCAGAUAAAGAAACACGCCUAAAGCAAGACUGAAAAGAAACGAGAUAGAUGAAAAUCUAGUCAAAUUAUUUAUUAUAAGUACCUAAGAAUAUUAUAAAAAUGAAAUAAAUUUAUUAAAUAUAUUUUACCAUUUAAACAAGUUACCAGUACUUACGUUUAUAUAUUUUAUUAACAAUUUUAAAAUUUAUAUUUGAUAAACAUGCAAAUACUUAAAGCACGUUUUGCGCUACGCGCGUCAGCCUCCCAAUUUCAAGCAUGGAGCUCAUCAAAGACUCGUACAGCAACUACGGACACGAAACCCGUGGAAUACAAACCCAUCAGAAGUGUUCUGGUGGCAAAUCGUGGAGAAAUCGCAAUCAGAGUGUUCCGAGCAUGCACAGAACUGGGCAUCCGGUCCGUCGCCAUAUACAGCGAACAGGACAAAUUACAGAUGCACAGACAAAAAGCCGACGAGGCUUAUAUAGUUGGAAAAGGUCUGCCGCCAGUCGAAGCCUAUCUCAGCAUCCCGGAGAUCAUUCGAGUGGCCAAGGAAAAUGAUGUGGACGCAGUACAUCCUGGUUAUGGAUUAUUAUCAGAAAGGUCCGACUUCGCCCAAGCCAUCGUGGAUGCAGGCAUGCGAUUCAUAGGUCCCUCCCCGAAGGUUGUACAGCAGAUGGGUGACAAAGUCGCUGCUAGGAAAGCCGCUAUCGAUGCCAAGGUACCCAUAGUUCCUGGCACUGACGGUCCGAUAACUACAAAGGAAGAAGCUAUGGAAUUCUGUAAGAAACAUGGACUUCCUGUUAUAUUCAAGGCUGCGUACGGCGGCGGUGGUCGAGGUAUGCGUGUGGUCCGAGAGAUGAGCGACGUGGCGUCAUCAUUCGAAAGAGCGUCCUCAGAAGCUUUGGGUGCUUUCGGCAACGGUUCCAUGUUCAUCGAGAGGUUCAUUGAAAGGCCGAGACACAUUGAAGUCCAAUUAUUAGGUGACAAGGCCGGUAAUGUGGUGCAUCUAUACGAGAGAGACUGCUCUGUACAGAGGCGUCAUCAGAAAGUAGUUGAGAUCGCACCCGCACCUCGCCUCGAUCCUGAGGUUCGUCAAAAAAUGGUAGACUGCGCAGUACAUCUUGCCAAAUACGUGGGAUACGAGAAUGCUGGCACAGUUGAGUUCCUACUAGACGAUAAAGGCAAUUUCUACUUCAUUGAAGUCAAUGCUAGGUUACAAGUGGAGCACACAAUAACAGAAGAAGUGACAGGCAUUGAUCUAGUACAGUCACAAAUCAGGGUGGCCGAGGGUAUGACCCUGCCUGAAUUGGGUCUCACACAGGAAAAGAUCAGGACAGAAGGGUACGCCAUACAGUGCCGAGUUACUACUGAGGACCCAGCUAAUAACUUCCAGCCCAGCACUGGCAGGAUUGAAGUAUUCCGAUCUGGCGAGGGUAUGGGCAUCCGACUUGAUUCUGCGUCAACAUAUGCCGGCGCUGUUAUAUCACCCUACUACGACUCUCUACUAGUCAAAGUAAUUUCUCACGCUCAAGAUCUCCCAGCGUCUGCAGCCAAAAUGAACAGAGCUCUGCGCGAGUUCCGUAUUCGAGGCGUGAAGACCAACAUACCAUUUUUGCUCAAUGUGUUAGAAAAUCAAAAGUUCCUUAAUGGCGCAGUGGAUACUUACUUCAUCGACGAGCACCCUCAGCUGUUCAUGUUCAAAGCGUCACAGAACAGAGCACAGAAGAUUCUCAACUAUCUCGGUCAGGUGCUGGUGAACGGUCCCGCCACACCACUCGCCACCAAGAUACCACCAUCCGACGUCAAGCCCUACAUCCCACCAGUGCCCCUAGACCUUUCCCCAGAGGCAUUAAAAAGACAGGAAUUAACGGGCGAGAAUACAGCCAUCGAACCUCCUAGAGGUUACAAGCAGAUCCUUCAAGAAGGCGGCCCUGAAGCCUUUGCUAAAGCAGUGAGGCAAAAUAAAGGCCUACUCCUCAUGGACACAACCUUCAGGGAUGCCCAUCAGUCGCUGCUCGCGACUAGAGUACGAACACAUGACCUGCUCGCAGUUUCCCCUUAUGUGGCGCAUAACUUCAGUAAUUUGUACUCACUUGAAAACUGGGGUGGAGCCACUUUCGAUGUCGCCCUUAGGUUCCUUCACGAGUGUCCAUGGGAACGUCUUCGCGAGAUGCGGCGGCUGAUUCCCAACAUCCCGUUCCAGAUGUUGCUCCGCGGCGCAAACGCUGUAGGAUACACCAACUACCCUGACAAUGUUGUCUACAAGUUUUGCGAAAUGGCUGUUAAAGAGGGCAUGGAUAUAUUCCGCGUGUUUGAUUCCCUAAACUACCUACCUAAUUUAAUGCUCGGUAUGGAUGCGGCAGGCAAAGCUGGGGGUGUUGUCGAAGCGGCAAUAUCUUACACCGGGGAUGUCUCAGACCCUAAGAAAACCAAAUAUGAUCUCAAAUAUUACUUAAAUCUCGCUGAUGAACUGAUUAAAGGAGGCACUCAUGUUCUUUGCAUCAAAGAUAUGGCUGGAUUACUAAAACCACAAGCUGCAAAGCUGCUGAUCUCCGCGAUCCGCGACAAGCAUCCGUCGACGCCGAUCCACGUGCACACGCACGACACGUCAGGCGCGGGCGUGGCCGCCAUGCUCGCUUGCGCGGAGGCCGGCGCGGACGUCGUGGACGCCGCCGUCGACUCCAUGUCCGGCCUCACCAGCCAGCCCAGCCUCGGGGCGCUCGUCGCCUCGCUGCAGGCCACGCCGCUCGACACAGGAAUACCUCUACAGACUGUGUCCGAAUAUUCAGCGUACUGGGAACAAGCCCGUACAUUAUACGGACCGUUCGAAUGUACGGCGACAAUGAAAUCAGGCAAUGCAGAUGUGUACAUCAACGAAAUUCCCGGCGGACAGUACACCAAUUUGCAGUUCCAGGCGUUCUCCUUAGGAUUGGGAAGUCAAUUUGAGGAGGUCAAGAAAGCAUAUAGGGAAGCGAACUUGCUCCUCGGCGAUAUAAUCAAAGUGACGCCCUCGUCGAAAGUGGUGGGCGACUUCGCUCAGUUCAUGGUACAGAACAAACUCACCGCCGCCGAUAUAGAAGCGAAAGCAGAAGAACUCUCGUUCCCCAAGUCCGUUGUGGAGUACCUCCAAGGCGCUAUUGGCAUACCACCCGGUGGUUUCCCUGAACCCCUUAGGUCAAAGGUGUUGAAAGACAUGCCUAGAAUAGAAGGUCGGCCAGGUCAAGAGUUACCUCCAUUGGACUUUGACAAAUUGAAAAAGGACAUCUCCGAAACAUACCCAAGUAUUACAGACGUGGACGUGAUGUCGGCAGCGAUGUACCCUCAGGUGGCGAACGACUAUCUUCGCAUCAAGGACAAAUACGGGCCCGUCAACUUGCUAGACACCAAGACCUUCCUUGUUGGACCCACGGUCGGCGAAACAAUAGAAGUGAAAAUCGAGCGAGGCAAAACGCUAGAUAUCAAGACGCUCGCAGUGUCGGAAGAAAUGACGGCGGCCGGAGAGAGAGAAGUUUUCUUCGAACUUAACGGACAGCUGCGAUCGGUAUUCAUCAGGGAUGAGAACGCAAGCAAGGAAAUGAAGAUUCAUCCCAAAGCAGUAAAAGGCGACAAGAAUCAAGUAGGAGCUCCUAUGCCUGGAACAGUACUCACAAUUAAGGUUAAAGAAGGAGACAAAGUAGACAAAGGUCAACCUAUCGCCGUUCUAUCAGCCAUGAAGAUGGAGAUGAUAGUCCAAGCGCCCAAAGCUGGCACCGUCAAGUCCGUCAACAUUACCAAUGGACAAAAACUGGAGGGAGAUGACUUGAUCUGUACUUUAGAGUAAAUAUACUAUUUGUUUAGUGUUUUCUGACGUGUGAAAGUAAUGGAUGAUAGCGUAUUAUGGGAUGUACAAAAAACUCAAGAUGUAUGACUUAAAACUAGCAUCAUGAAACGAAAUUGUU